GAAUAGAGACCUAAACUCUAAAAUGCUUCCACAUGCGCUGCGUUACAAUCCAAGGGUUGUUUGCUGUGUGAUCUUUCAGAAUAUCAAUGUGCAUGAGCUCAUUUUCUGUGUCCCUCCACCUCCUCGCCUAUGCUCAACAAUUUGACGAGAGGAAGGAUCUUUGUGACGUGGAAUGAAAUCUUGGAGAUAAUGGCCGGAUAGCUACGUUGAAUUGCCACAUGAAUGGUGAUUCCGGAAUAUGUCCUAAAUUGCAUUCUGCUGCAACCUGUGGUGUGAAAAUUGGGCUGUGGAGUUCGAGAGCAAGCUAGGAUGAAUGUGACCACAUUUUUGUAGUGAUGGAACUACUUAGUAGCUCGCCAAGAAGUUCCAGAUCUGGUUACAGGACAAGUGGGAGCUAACUCUGAAAACCUCAGCCGAAUUUGGAGGCUCUGCACAGGAAGUUGAACAGAUAUCCCGUUGUCGACAGUAGAUUCCCGGGGCAUGGAAUCCAAUGGCGAUGCUUACGACUUGUACUCCUCCGAGAACAUUGAUGCUCAGCAUUGCGAGAAGCACGGAUUUGACAUACGUCAGCUGAAGCAGUUGUUUCAGGAUCAACAGCAGCUUCUCGAUCACUUCUUCAAGAACUUGAACUACAAAGAGGUGCAAGCAUUCACGCAACUGUGCGCCGACACAAAGGGGGUCAUCUUCUUCUCAGGAGUGGGCAAGAGCGGGUUCGUAGCCCAAAAGUGCGCGCAGACAUUGGUCUCGACAGGCACGAAGGCGGUGUUUCUCUCCCCGACUGAUGCCCUGCAUGGGGAUAUUGGCCUUGUUGGUCCCAACGAUGUGCUCGUCUUGUUCAGCAAGUCAGGUGCCACCGAGGAGCUAAACAAACUCAUUCCCUGCGCGAGAGCUAAGAGUGCCUAUCUUGUGGGCAUCUCGUCGCUCAAACACUCCAAUUUUCGGAAGAUGUGUGACAUGCAUGUAUACCUCCCUCUGGAACGAGAGCUAUGCCCCUUUGAUCUUGCGCCAGUCACUUCGACUGCCAUCCAGAUGCUGUUCUGCGACACUGUCGCCAUAGCACUUAUGAAAGCCAAGAACUUGACACGCGAGCAGUAUGCCCUCAACCACCCAGCCGGCCGCAUAGGCAGACGCCUCAGUUUUCGGGUCGAGGACAUAAUGCGAAAAGGCGACUCGUUACCAUUAUGCAGAGAGAGUGAUCUGAUCAUGGAUCAACUCGUGGAGCUGACAGUCAAAGGAUACGGCUGCCUCAUCGUCAUCGACGCAUCCAACCGACUCCUGGGCACAUUCACAGACGGCGAUCUUCGUCGAGCACUUAACUCCAGCCGAGAAAACAUCUUCCACCUCCAAGUGGGUGAAAUGUGCAACAGGGAGCCGAGGUGGAUUGAGGAGAAUGUCAUGGCAAUUGCAGCCAUGAAGAAGAUGGAAGAGGGUGCGUCGGCGGUGACUUUUCUACCAGUUCUCGACUACAACAAAGUCGUCAUCGGACUCAUCACUCUCCAUGACCUAGUUUCAGCUGGAUUGUAGCAUUCUGCAUCAACAAUGUUGUACUGCUCUUGCGCAUCCAUCCAAUGGGUAUGUUUUUUUGCCACAAUCUCAUCGCGCCAUGAUGUGAGUGUUGUUGGACUUUGCAAGUUUCAACCAGACAAACGUUACAUUACAAUAGCAUGGUCAUCGGCACUUGUUGUGCUGGAUAAAAUGUUCGAGCUUUUUUUCCCCUCCUUCUUGCAUGAUUUUUAUUAACCCAAUAUUGUGCUGAACUCUGAUCGCGAAAACUGAACUUAUCUGCUUUUAAACCUCUUGAAUAUUCAAAAAAGAAUAUAUUUUAACUACUUCUUUUA